UAUCCCCUUUCGCAGGCCUUGAAAGUUUGCCCAUUCAGAAAUAUUUGAGUACUUCUAAUGGUAAAGUAUGGGUUAUUUUUCCGCUAAAAUUUGAAAAAUUUGAAAUAUUUAUUGAAGAUUUUAGAUAGCUAUUUGUGCAAGGAAAAUUGAUUAUGAGUAAGUGGUAGGUUAAUAGUUUGGUAACAGUACCAUGUAAAUCUUACUUAUAUAAUGCUUUUAACUGGUUUUAAUAAUUUUUACUUCCAGCACUUUUCACAGGGUUCUUAAUUGGACUACACCUUUUGCACAAUGGACUAUUUACAUGGACUUUAUGGACAUUGUUAUUCGAUUUAAUACUCACCUUUAGGGGGAGGGUGAUAAUUGGUAAUGAAGAUCACAUUGAGGUCAUUUCCUGUUUGUAUGCUUUAAAAGUUUCAUUGAGCAUUCUGUGUAUUACACUUGACAAAGAGCCAGGAGGCUCGAAACAUGUAGUGUGAAACAUAAAUAAAUUCACUUGAGCAGUUGUUCUGCCUCUCAGGCUCUUCCUUGCCUAAAUCUUAUUGUUCCAGUUUGAAGUGUACCCAGGUGGAGGUACUUAACAAGGAUUGAAGCCGACGAAUUGUAUGCAGUAGGGUCACAGGUAACAGUCACCAGACUGAUUUGAUUGUAUUUUCCACCAGACUGUUACCAUUACCCCAGCGUUAAAGAAAUGACAGAAAGAGAUUACUCAGAAUUAUCCAACAAAGGCGCAAAUACUUUUGCCUACAGUGAUGAAGAUAUUAAUCGAAUCCUGUCUAGUUUGGAAACUGAGCAACUUAUACCAAUUGAAUCAAUCCCACAGAGCGAUGUGGCAAAAGAAUUACUAAAUCUACAAAAGAAAGAAAUACAUACAAGUCUACAUGUGAGCACAUUAGCGGAAUAUAUCAAGACUAAACGAAUACCGAGGGGUCUGCGCCUCGAUAUUAAGCCUAAUUUGUGCGCAGAAGACCAGCUUUUACAACAGCGCUGGCUAGAAAUAUGCAAUAAAUGCAGCAUAGACCUGAUGGUACUUACUGUAGAAAGGCUUACCGUGAAACUGCAUGAAAUCAGAACAGCCAUAACUGCUUCUACUGCGAAACUGACAGAGGAAAGAGGCGCUGAGCAGUGCAACAAAAUCCUCAGCGACCAUAAAGAUAUCCUGGAGAGACUCCGUUCCUCCAUAACUGACAGGAAGCGCGCAAAGUUCAACAGAGACGCCAAGGACUAUCAGGAAGGAAAGGUGUACACGUGGAGAGAGGAGCGGAAGUGGCAGCGCUCCGAACACCAGCAGAGGACCGGACUGCCAGCUCCCUUCAGAAACCAACGCAGAGGUGCAUCGCAAAGCGCAUCAUACACCCAGAGAGGGGGCAGGAAAGGAUUUCCGACACAACUACAAGGCGCCUCAGCAUAUUCCACCUCUAGCGGGGAAGACCUACCUUCGUCCUCAGGCUCGGCUCCUUUUUUAGAACAGCGCUCCCCAACACAGGAGGAACAUCGGAAAGACAAACACGGCGCAAAGAAGGCCCCAGACAGAGAGAGUUAUCCGAAAAGGAAUCGCAAGCAGAUCAGGCCUUGAAAGUUUGCCCAUUCAGAAAUAUUUGAGUACUUCUAAUGCACUUUUCACAGGGUUCUUAAUUGGACUACACCUUUUGCACAAUGGACUAUUUGCAUGGACUUUAUGGACAUUGUUAUUCGAUUUAAUACUCACCUUUAGGGGGAGGGUGAUAAUUGGUAAUGAAGAUCACAUUGAGGUCAUUUCCUGUUUGUAUGCUUUAAAAGUUUCAUUGAGCAUUCUGUGUAUUACACUUGACAAAGAGCCAGGAGGCUCGAAACAUGUAGUGUGAAACAUAAAUAAAUUCACUUGAGCAGUUGUUCUGCCUCUCAGGCUCUUCCUUGCCUAAA